UUUCCAUAGUCACGUCACAUCGCUUCCACCAUGUUGUAGGAAAUCCGCCGCUGGCUGCUCCCUCAGUCCUCACCCGCUGUCAGAUUAGAGUUUAAUCCGAGGAGGACGACAAACUGUCAAGACGCUUCGUGCUUCUCGGAAGGACUUGCACCGUUUACGUGCACGUGCACGAAAGAGGAAUCUAGCAGCUGCGGUUACUUACCUUUUCUUUGAUUUUUUUUUGCAAAAAAAAAAUAAAUAUAUAUAUAUAUAUUUAUAUAUAUAUUUAGACAUAUAUGUGGAUGUGUUCUUCUUUUUUGCCUCUGCAAUUAACGAGUGCUACAUUUAAAAUGAGCCUCCAGUCUAUUGUUGCGGUUUAUUCAUGGUCCGCGAAUUGCCAAUUCGUGAAGAUGUUAGCUUGCUAAUUAGCUGAAAUAGAGUAACUAAAUCGGAUUAGCGGUGGAUGGCAGCCUACCUCCGGGUAAUAUCCAAGUAGUAUUGUUUGCUAUACUUGAUAUUUUUUCACAGUAGCACUUUUUAGUUUUCGUUUUUAUUAUUAUUUUUUAAUUUAAUACUUUGUUUAAAUUUUAGUAUUUCAGUUUUAAAUGUUAUUGUUAGCAUAACUGUUGCCAUAAAGCUAGCUUGUCAAAUUUCAAGAACUGGAUCUCCUUUGCUAGCUUCUUGCGUCUGAAUAAAAAAAAAAAGAAAAGAAAAAAGAAAGAAAAGAAAAGGACAAACACAAAAAGGAGUGCAUCUGACCUUAACUCAGUCAAAGACCAGACGGAGGUGUCCGCCAGUUCAGUUGUGAACGAACUGGACUGAAAAUCAAACAAGAUCUGAGUUUGAACUAAACAACGAUGUCUGGAAAAGAUAAAGACAACAAAGACAAGGAGAAGCAGUCCACCACAGAACGACCGAUAAAAACCGUGCCAUACCCCCCACAACAUAAGCUCACAAUAAAAGAAUUAUUUGAAGAUGGUAAGCCCAAUUCUGAGGUGCUUCGCAAUCAUCUGGUCAAAGAAGGGAGGGUGGAGGAGGACGUAGCUCUGAAAAUAGUCAAUGAUGGGGCCAACAUUCUUCGGCAGGAGAAGUGCAUGCUAGAAGUGGAAGCACCUGUUACAGUAUGUGGUGAUGUCCAUGGACAAUUCUAUGACCUUAUGAAGUUGUUUGAAGUUGGGGGAUCGCCCAGCAACACACGGUAUCUUUUUCUUGGCGACUACGUAGAUCGAGGAUACUUCAGUAUUGAGUGCGUUCUCUAUCUGUGGUCUCUCAAGAUUAACCACCCCACGACUCUGUUCCUUCUGCGUGGGAACCACGAGUGCCGACAUCUCACAGAGUACUUCACCUUCAAGCAGGAAUGUAAAAUUAAAUACUCUGAGCGGGUGUAUGAUGCCUGUAUGGAAGCCUUUGACUGCCUGCCCCUUGCUGCUCUGCUUAACCAACAGUUCUUAUGCGUACAUGGAGGACUCUCACCUGAAAUCAACUGCCUAGACGACAUAAGGAAAUUAGACAGGUUUAAGGAGCCGCCUGCAUUUGGGCCAAUGUGUGACCUAAUCUGGGCUGACCCUGGCGAGGACUACGGCAGUGAAAAGACUUCUGAACACUUCAACCAUAACUCUGUCAGAGGUUGCUCUUACUUUUUCAGUUAUGCUGCAGUCUGUGACUUUUUGGUAAAUAAUAACUUGCUAUCAGUAAUAAGAGCUCAUGAAGCACAAGAUGCAGGGUAUCGGAUGUAUAGAAAGAGUCAGACCACUGGCUUUCCGUCACUAAUCACAAUCUUUUCAGCUCCCAAUUAUCUAGAUGUCUACAACAAUAAAGCUGCCGUAUUAAAAUAUGAAAACAACGUGAUGAACAUCCGGCAGUUCAACUGCUCCCCUCACCCUUACUGGUUACCCAACUUUAUGGAUGUGUUCACGUGGUCUUUGCCUUUUGUUGGAGAAAAAGUGACGGAAAUGCUGGUGAAUGUCCUGAAUAUUUGCUCUGAUGACGAGCUCAUGUCAGAAGGAGACGACCUUUAUGAAGGAGGCACGUCAGCAAUGCGGAAGGAGGUCAUCCGAAACAAGAUUCGUGCUGUUGGGAAGAUGGCCCGGGUCUUCUCUGUCCUUAGGGAGGAAAGUGAAAGUGUGUUGACACUGAAAGGCCUGACCCCAACGGGAACUCUUCCAGUGGGAGUUUUGUCAGGGGGAAAGCAGACUUUGGAGAAUGCCACAAUUGAGGCGGCUAAAGCAAAAGCUAUUCAAGGCUUCUCUCCCACGAGGAAGAUUCGCAACUUCGAGGAGGCACGGGGUCUGGACAGGAUAAACGAGAGGAUGCCACCACGCAAAGAUGGCCAGCAGCCCGAUGGCACAGCAAUCAACACAAACGCCCCCAGCAAGAACGGCACUGACGGAUAGACACAGGGCGCACCUCCCUCACCGGACUCAGCCCCUCACCGCGCCCGUUCCGUCUCCCCCACGCCCAUCCGUUUCCUCUGCUGAAACUAUCUGUCCGUCUUCUGUUAGCUCACAAUCGGGCGGAGCAGCAGCUACUCUGGCAGAUAAAUGAAAUAGAAGGUGCCCCAGAACGGGGAUGCUUCGUCCCAGCUGUUCAAAAGAAGAAACUACGACUUACUGAAUGAUGAAACAGUCUGUGGAACAUCCAGUCUUAUUUAUUAACCGUUGUGUACAAUAGAUAGAAUGUUUAAUAGCUAUAAAUCAAUGAUUGAAGAUUUGUCAAAGCAUAAAAAUGUAUACUGAAGUUUUAUUUUAAAGAUUUUAAAACUUGAUGCAGAAAAAGUGCAGUAGCUCUUGGUAUUAAGGGGAUUUAGUCACUUUAAGUUUAUUUUUAAAUCUUCCUUAAAGUGAUUUAAGGAAAAGUACAAAUGCUGUAUGUUGUACGGCUGAACAGUAUCCUUCUGAAUUUAUUUUUAUUUAUUUUUUUGCUAAGGCCUUUAAGGAUCUAGUGCAGUGCAGUGUUUUCAUAAUUUAUAUUAAAACAGGGAAAUUGAAGAUUGUGAGGAACGUAACGUUUAAUACAUUUAUGAUCAUUAUUACAACUGAACCUUUUAUAUUUAAAACUGCAAUUUUAAGAAAGGCUGAGGUAUUUUAUGUUUGUUAGCACAACCACAUGAUGCAGAAAAACAUUGAAGUAUUUUGUUCUCUUCCAGUAGAAACAACAGACUGUAUUUUGUAUGUGUGGCUGAUACAUUUUAAGUGAAGGCUUAAGACUUUGUGUGCAAUCCCAGUUAGUGUUGCUUUCUGACCUCUUCUGAGUACAACCUGUGCUCACCUGACGGCAGCUAGGAUGUUCUCCAAGCUCGAAACCAAAAGAAGCAAAGGAUUCAUAAGAAGGGAUUAAUGCACAUAUAUGGAGUAUGAUAUUGUCAUUUCUGGUGUGUACGGUUCAUCCCAGCUGGAGGCGCUUCCUCUUCUGUUCCAGGACAGGCUAAGCAAAAUGUUUUCAUUUUGAGGAUGAUAUUGGGGAUUUUAAGGCACAAAAAACCCACAGAGGUUAAAAGUAAAGCAUUUUUUAAAAGCUUGAUAUAUUUACUGAUUGUCUCUCAAAGCAGGGAGCUGCUGGCCAGACUGUCUGAUGUUCAUUAUUGUUCAAAAACGUAAUAUUUUGAAACACUACAAAGAUGGUGUGCGCUUUCAGGGCCUUCUUUUAUCUCCGUUGAUUCGUACCACAUGCAGAACUUUUGACUCUGAUAACAAGUGAAAGGACUGAAACGAUGUCACGUUGGUGUUGCUGAACCCAGACACAAUGGACUGAGUCACGCCGAUCAGCAGAGACGAUGCUUUUAAAGGGACCCGCUUCCGCUCUAGCAGCUGUCGGCUAAGGCCUUCCUGUGCUGCACUCAACUCACGCUUUUCUGACUCUUGAACUCCUGAUCACAGAAGGAUGCUGGACUUUAAAAGACAGAGACCAUGAUGAGCAGAUGCUGUUCUGUCAACGGUCUGUCCUGUUCCAACACAUUUAUUCUUUUUUCACUUCCAACCCUUUAAGGCUUGCUUCUGCUAAAUCCUACAACUUGGUCGGUGCUCUGACAAGACCAACUAAGUUUUUAUGUCUGCAAAAGAAGGGAGAUACAAGCCUGUUUGACUUUAUAUUCACUUGUUAAAUUGCUCAAUUUUCUUUGAGAAAUGUUUGAAGAAACAAAAGCUGGUUUCCCCCAUCCAACCUAUAGGUGGAACAUUUCUACGUGUGUCUCGGUGUGGACGGUAAACAUAGAGGGGCGCCCGGAGACUUUUGGUCAAAAACAUUCAGCUUCAGUAAUCUUAAGGUUCUUCAAAUCCCGAAAAUGUUUUUAUUGUUUUGUUGAAUAGAUUUCUGGUUGAGCUCUUUAAAUAUUGAAUGUUUGGGUUUACAGUCAUAACUGUGAUGUUGGAAUUUGUUUGAAACUGUAAGGCUUUAUUGGAUGAACCGUACAGCACACUGACUUCCUGUCAGCUCUUACACAUAUCUCGCAGAAUGUAAAAAAGAAAAAAAGAAUACAGACAAUUGUUCAUCUUUUGAGAUCUUACAAUAGCUGUAAUAAAGGGUAAAACGCUGUUCUGUAUUUGUCAUGUGAGGCCAUACGAUCUUUAACAUAGAUGUAUCACUUGAAAUAGAAUAAACCUAAAUGCAGUGUU